CAGGGCUAAGUCUACCAAUAACAAAGGGCCCAUUUUCUGAGCUUGGGCGCGAAAUCACUCAGGCAUGCUCUCGACGCGCACAGACGCGUUAAGUUUAACUUAAGUACCUACCUACUGACGUCAAUACUUAUACCGUCUAUCAAAAGUACAUGAGGCAGGCACCGGACACUCAAUGUGAGUAUUCAACGUCAACUCACCAACAUCCUCAAUACCAGCACAUCCACAGCAUCGCAUCGAUGGCGAAGCGUACGCUCGAUGCCUUUUUCUCGCUCACACCUACUGCGGCGAAGAGAGCACGAGUCGAACCACAAUCAACCACAACGACCCUCAACAGUACAGUCGCCACCACCCAUCCAACAUACUCCUGGCCAGUUCCACAUCUACCCGAGCACAUAUCCUCAGAAGUUGAACUCCUCGUGACGACUCAAGGCAAGGAGAUCAAAGACCAGCCACAUCUCGACCUCUUGUACUUCCAACCCUUCGUCCCGCGCUCCAUCUCGCAAGAUCUCUUCAACUUCCUUCGCUCUGAGCUCUUCUUUUACCGUGUCAAAUACACCAUCAAGCGGUUUGGCAAGGAAACUAUCAUCAAUACUCCGCGUUUCACCACGGUCUUCGGCCUCGACGAGACAAGUUUCUUCGCAGAUAACAAUCAAAUAGUCGAAGCCACAUCUCCGACCAAACCUGUCCGAAAAGACAAAUAUAAAUGCAAGCCUCGCCCUAUCCCUGAAUGCCUGGACCUUCUUCGCCGCGUCACCGAAGCCAAUACAAACACCAAAUACAACUUCUGCCUGGUGAACUACUAUGCCUCCGGAAGCGAUAGCAUCUCUUUUCACAGUGACGACGAGCGUUUCCUCGGCCCCGACCCAGCCAUUGCCUCUUUCACAUUAGGAGCCAAACGAGACUUUCUCAUGAAGCACAAACCGACCAAAGAAGACGAACCAAAACUGGAAACUCGAGACAUCAAACUCCCCCUCGCCAGCGGUGACAUGGUCCUGAUGCGUGGUCCUACCCAGUCCAACUGGCUGCACAGCAUUCCGAAACGCAAGGGUGGCGAAGCCGACAAAGGUCGAAUAAACAUCACAUUCCGUCGAGCCAUGAUACCUGCCGGCACAGAGAACUAUUACCGGUACAAUGUUGGUGAAGGUGGCGUGUACCAAUGGGACAGCACCAAACGGGAGAUGAUGCCCUGGUCAAAGUCGACAAUCACCUCGUGAUGGAAAUUUUGCUCAAUGAGUCUUCCGUUUUCUUCUAAAGCUAAAGAAAUCCAACACCAUUCUGGUAAACGACCUGUAAAUCGUCUUACCCUCGACAGUAUGCGUGGUGAUCCCAAACAUGAACAGAAACCCGAUAGACAAGAUUGCGACAACCAUGAAACACAGCCAGUACGUCUUGAGGCUGUUGAGACUAUAAUGAUGGUCGCCUUGGCCAACAAAAUCGUCGUGCGAGUCAGCCGUUCCACAGCUUGCGACUCCUUGAGCGUUACCAAGUUGAAGUUCUGAAACCAUGUUAGCAUGAACGAACCUGAAUGUGCAAAGGGGCGUGAAUCACCAUGAACAC